UUAAAUUGUGUAAACAGCUGUGAAGAUGUUAUGCGGCAAGAGUUUAGCAAAUAACUUUUUUAAAUAUAAGAGAAAAGUGUAUGGAAACAUCUGGCAGAGCAGCAGGCGCUGUAAGAUAACACACCAAUCGCCCAAAGUUUUGUUCUUCGGCACUGACAACUUCUCGUUGCCAAGUCUAACAAAGUUACAUCAAAGUAAAGUCGAUGUUGCCGUGGUCACCUCCUUCAAAAGCCCGGCAAAUUGUGUGCGAAGCUAUGCGGAUAAGCACAAACUGCCGCUUUAUCGUUGGCCCAUAACGGCGGAACAAUGCACCCCCUUCGAGUUGGGCAUCGUGGUGUCCUUUGGCCAUUUGAUACCGCUGCACAUCAUUAACGCAUUGCCGCGGGGCAUCAUCAAUGUGCACGCCAGUUUGUUGCCUCGUUGGCGGGGAGCUGCGCCUAUUAUAUAUGCGAUCAUGAAUGGAGAUGCGAAGACGGGCAUUUCCAUAAUGCAAAUACAGCCUCAUCGCUUCGACAUCGGUCCCAUCCUCAAUCAGCGCGAGAUUUCCCUGAGAAGCGACAUCUUCUUGCCUGAGUUGCACUCAACCUUGUCGCAAUUGGGCGCCGAGCUGCUUGUGGAUACAGUCCAUCACCUGGAGGAGAGACUCUCAAAAGUGACGCCUCAAGAUGAAACACUUGCCACUUAUGCUCCCAAAAUAACGCCACAAAUUACGGAGAUCGUUUGGAGUCAUCAAACAGCGCUAGAGAUCUUUGCGCGGCAUCGUGCACUUUAUGGCUUCAAGCAUCUAAGCACAAGCUUCGAGGAGCGACAAAUUCAACUGCUCGAGCUGAAGCAGCACGAAAGGGAGUGGGACAGAGCAGCUGCUCCAACUGCAGCCUUAGCUCCUGGCUGCUUUUGCUUUAAUCGCCUGCGCAGAUCGCUGAUAAUUGGCUGUGCAGGCGGCACUCAGCUGGAGUUGAAGCAGCUCCGCUUGGAGGGCAGGAGACCGAUGAGUGCCCAGGAUUUCAACAAUGGUUAUCUCAAGCGUGCACAAUCCCGGCAAUUUACGCAGAAUAAACAAAUCGCAAUUUAUUGAUUGAUGAUAAAAUUUUUAACCCAAA